UAAACUCUUGUACAUUCAUCCUCCCUCUCUGGUCUCUAUUUCUGUAUCUCUGUAUCUCUCCCUCAUGGCGACCACUCUCCUGUCUUUCCGACCUACUGGAAUCCAAGCUUGCGCUUCUUCGCCUCAGAGGAAGCCCGACCCAAAUCGCCGGAAAGCCUCCUCAUCCAACUGGUGGGCCCCACUCUUCGACUGGGCUGCCGAUCCCGACUACAUUGACGACAACAACAACAGCAGCGGCAACUCCGAUGUGUCGGCAGAUACAAAUAAUAGAUCUGAAACGGGCUCCGAAAUCGCACGCCCAAGAUCUCGAUUCGCUCCGGGAUGCUUGACGGAAGAGAAGGCCAGACAGCUCAGGAUAAAGACGAUGGAGAACGCAAACUUCCACGACAUCAUGUACCACUCGGCGAUCGCGUCCCGGCUCGCUUCGGAUAUUCCGAGUCGAUCCGAUCGGUGAUGAUCCUCGGCCUCUGGAACGUUUUCACUGCCGGUGAAUCUUUCCGGCGUGCUUGUCUGGGAACAAAUCUGUCGACACAACCGAAAUUCCAUUAGCUUCCUUUUUUUUCCUGUAAUUAUUUCUGGACUGUUUUAAUUUUUAAAUGGAUAUGAUGAAUGAACAAAGUUUAAAAUCA